UGAAAACUCGUGUGCAGUUGCAACAUUUCAGAAGACAGGGAGCCGUGCGUGAACACGAGAACUUGGCUGGAACGGCUCCACCGAUUUAUUAUAAUCAUACGCACGAUCCGGUUCAUAAAACGUUUGGUUGCUGGCCCUAUAAAACAAGAACACAACAAGGAUGGAAUGGCAGCCAGAUGAACAGGGCCUCCAGCAGGUCUUGCAGCUCUUGAAAGACUCCCAGUCCCCAAACACAGCCACACAAAGAGCAGUGCAACAAAAACUAGAACAACUGAACCAGUUUCCGGACUUCAACAACUACCUGAUCUUCGUGCUCACCAGACUUAAAACUGAAGAUGAGCCCACUCGUUCUCUGAGUGGUCUGAUCCUAAAGAAUAAUGUGAAGGCCCACUACCAGAACUUCCCUCCUGCCGUGGCCGACUUCAUCAAGCAGGAAUGUCUCAACAGCAUCGGGGACCCCUCCCCCCUCAUCCGUGCCACCAUCGGCAUCCUGAUCACCACCAUCGCAUCCAAAGGGGAGCUGCAGACGUGGCCUGAGCUGCUGCCUCAGCUCUGCACCCUGCUCAACUCUGAGGACUAUAACACCUGCGAGGGUUCGUUUGGAGCGCUGCAGAAGAUCUGUGAGGACUCUUCUGAGCUGCUGGACAGUGAUGCCCUCAACCGGCCGCUCAACAUCAUGAUUCCCAAGUUCCUACAGUUCUUCAAGCACUGCAGCCCCAAGAUCAGAUCUCAUGCCAUUGCCUGUGUGAAUCAGUUCAUCAUUGGCAGAGCACAGGCUCUGAUGGACAACAUUGACACCUUCAUAGAGAGCCUGUUUGCGCUGGCCACAGACGAGGACUCGGAGGUCAGGAAGAACGUGUGUCGGGCGCUUGUCAUGCUGCUGGAGGUCCGCAUCGACCGCCUCAUACCGCACAUGCACAGCAUCAUCCAGUACAUGCUGCAGCGUACCCAGGACCCUGAUGAGAACGUGUCGCUGGAGGCGUGCGAGUUCUGGCUCACGCUGGCGGAACAGCCCAUCUGCAAAGACGCGCUCGCAGGACACCUCGCGCAACUAACGCCCAUACUGGUCAACGGUAUGAAGUAUUCGGAGAUCGACAUCAUCUUACUCAAGGGCGACGUGGAGGAGGAUGAGGCCGUACCGGACAGCGAGCAGGACAUCAAGCCUCGUUUCCACAAGUCCCGCACGGUCACUCUGCAGCACGAGGGGGGGGAGGGAGAGGAGGGAGAGGACAUCGACGAGGACGACGACGACGAUGACGACACACUCUCCGACUGGAACCUACGGAAGUGUUCUGCGGCCGCUCUGGACGUUCUGGCUAACGUGUUCCGUGACGACCUGUUGCCCCACCUGCUGCCCCUGCUGAAGGGCCUGCUGUUCCACCCCGACUGGGUCAUCAAGGAGUCCGGCAUCCUGGUGCUCGGCGCCAUCGCAGAGGGCUGUAUGCAGGGUAUGAUCGCGUACCUGCCCGAGCUGAUCCCCCACCUGGUGCAGUGCCUGUCGGAUAAGAAGGCACUGGUGCGCUCCAUCGCCUGCUGGACGCUGAGCCGCUACGCCCACUGGGUGGUCAGCCAGCCGCCCGACCAGUACCUGAAGCCCCUAAUGACCGAGCUGCUCAAACGCAUCCUCGACGGCAACAAGAGGGUGCAGGAGGCCGCCUGCAGUGCGUUUGCUACGCUGGAGGAGGAAGCCUGCACGGAGCUGGUUCCCUAUCUGGCCUUCAUCCUGGACACGCUGGUCUUCGCCUUCAGCAAGUACCAGCACAAGAACCUGCUCAUCCUCUACGACGCCAUAGGAACCCUUGCAGAUUCCGUCGGACAUCACCUCAACCAGCCGGAGUACAUCCAGAAGCUGAUGCCCCCCCUCAUUCAGAAAUGGAACGAGCUGAAGGACGAGGACAAGGACCUUUUCCCCCUGCUAGAGUGUCUGUCGUCGGUGGCAACAGCGCUGCAGAGUGGAUUCCUGCCGUACUGUGAGCCUGUGUACCAACGCUGCGUCACUCUGGUGCAGAAGACCCUCGCUCAGGCCAUGAUGUACACUCAGCACCCUGAUCAGUACGAGGCGCCGGAUAAGGACUUCAUGAUCGUGGCGUUGGACCUGCUCAGCGGAUUGGCCGAGGGCUUGGGAGGACACGUGGAGCAGCUGGUCGCCCGUAGCAACAUCAUGACCCUGCUCUUCCAGUGCAUGCAGGACAGUAUGCCAGAGGUCAGACAGAGCUCUUUUGCGCUGCUUGGAGAUCUGACCAAAGCCUGCUUCCCCCAUGUCAAGCCCUGCAUUGCUGAGUUCAUGCCCAUCCUGGGCCUCAAUCUGAACCCAGAGUUCAUCUCUGUGUGUAACAAUGCCACGUGGGCCAUUGGGGAGAUCGCCAUGCAGAUGGGAGCGGAGAUGCAGCCCUAUGUGGCGCUGGUCCUUAAUAACCUGGUGGAGAUCAUCAACAGACCCAACACCCCCAAAACCCUGCUGGAGAAUACAGCCAUCACGAUUGGCCGGCUGGGCUACGUGUGUCCACAGGAAGUUGCUCCCGUGUUGCCCCAGUUCAUCCAGCCCUGGUGCUCAUCCUUGAGGAAUAUCCGUGACAACGAGGAGAAAGACUCGGCAUUUCGCGGAAUCUGCAUGAUGAUUGGUGUCAAUCCAGGCGGCGUGGUCCAGGACUUUAUCUUCUUCUGCGAUGCAGUGGCAUCGUGGGUCAGUCCAAAGGAUGACUUGAGAGACAUGUUCUAUAAGAUUCUGCACGGUUUUAAGGACCAGGUCGGGGAGGAGAAUUGGCAGCAGUUCUCAGAGCAGUUUCCACCACUACUGAAGGAGCGGCUGUCCACCUGCUACGGCGUCUAGCACACACACACUCCAGACACACGGCACGCCUGAGAGGGCCACCUGCAGAAGGAUGCUCCUCCAUGUCUGUGCUCAGCUUCCCUGACCGAGGGAGAGGGAUUGUGACGUCGCCACACACACACACACACACACACACACACACACACGUGCGCAUACAUACAUGCAUACACGCGCACACACACACAUAACCUCUCUCUGAUGCGUGUGUGUGUCUGUAAGGGGAGUGGGGAGGGGGGCGGAGUCUUGUUGUAAUGACGACACUGGGUUGGGUAAAUGACGACAUGGGAACGGGCGAGGGCUCCUGAUUGGCUCUCAGUUCUCCAUAUGGGUUAGAGGGGGUGUGGCCUCUGCCAAGGGGUUAAGGUGGGUGGGAGGGCAUGCAGGCAAUUAUCCUUCCAGCCAUAGCCACACACACACACACACACACACACACACAAUGUACUCAGGCGUGUGUGUGUGUCAUUCACUAGUCAAUAACAUGCCGCGCUAUUGGCUGGACUGUAGAGCCAAAAAUCCUUUAGCGCCCCCCACUGGCGGGCUUUAGGUAUUCCACAACCUCAGAUGCUCCUACAGGUGUCUUGUCUUUUCUUUUGGUAAAGGGGAGGGAGGGAGGGCAGCUAGCUCCACUCAUCUUUGUGCCGCUCAGUCGCUUGUGGCCCAUAUCCUGCAGGUAGCCGGUUCCCACCGGGGUCCACUCGGGCCCGGUUCCGGGGUCCACUGCUGUUCGUGACUUCACCCCCACCCCCCAUUUCAUGUAAUCCUCCUGUGGUCAGUGCACAUCACUCCUCCAGCCUGCAGGGGGCGAUCUAGACUGUUUUCUCUGCAGUCAUGCUGUUAGACGCAUUGUCAGUCCCCCCACACCACCCCCUGUUGCCUAGGAAACCUGAGACGAGUCCCUUCCCCUUGGCCAUGCUGUGGGCGGGGUCCCAGGGAGGAAAUGAGCAUCGUCAUAGCGACUGUUACCGUAGCAAUGCACAGGUGAUGAGUGGUAUCCAAGGGAGACCCAGCCGUGGUUCAGAGCCAAGGUGUGUGUGUGUGUGUGUAAGCGCAUUUGGGCCUUGGUAGUGGUUGUCCGCAGGUUUAGAUCAUUCUCCUCCGAUGUGAUGUGUGUAGCUCUGAGUACUAGUGGGCGGGUAAAUGCUGAGGUAGCGUGUGUGUGUGUGUCCUGAGAAGAUGUGUAUUGAAUACUUGAGAUUGAGCUCUGGGCAGACCUGGUCAGGUCCUCCGUCUGCAUGGGGGUCGGACGCCAACACUCUAAACAUGGUAGUCACAAUGCAAGCCCAUACUGUAGUUAACCACAAUCAACUCGCUGCUGCUGCUUUUUAAAGAUGUAUCUAUGGACUAAAUCAUCACAAUAAGGCAUCAAUAAGAUGGUUCCAGAAUGUUUUGUUUCAUUUUUUUAUUUGUUUUUUAAAAAUGCACUUUUUUUCUCUUUUUAAGGAAUUUCAGUUCUCCCCCCGUAGACACAUGUAGCCUAGAUUCCCAACUAGUCUCCGUUCACACAAUUCAGUAGGGAAUUGGGAUAAUAGAACCGUUUAGGGAAUUUCUUUCCGAAAUUUAGACAGUAUCCAACACGGAGACGAGAUGUUCUCCAGGAUGGCUUCAGGGUUCCUCACCCUCGUGUUCUAGUAAUGAGCAACCUUAACUCCUGACUGCAUCUGGUUUGUUCAUCUGUGAAGCAAACACAAAGAACAAAUAUUGUCCUAAAAGAACUGAUGUUCCUUAGUAGAACGUUGAGGUUCUAGGAGAGGAUCUGGUGCCAAGGAGUGUGCUGGAGCACCACAGUGCUGGGGCCUCUAGAACAGGCGAGGUGCGGUUCUAGGAGUGUGGGUGAGGACAUGAGGGUGCUGUUGGGCUUAGACUAGUCCUGCUCUGGGAAGGAUGGGUGGGGUCAGAGUUUACUCGGAGGUCAGAUGGUGUCCACUUCCACGCCUGCUUCUCCAUCUCCGUUUUUGAGAUCCGCUUCCGCUGUGGCUCUUCCACUCUCUGUUUUGGUAAUCCAGUUCAGAGGCUCUGCAGCUAAUCCAGUUCAGAGGCUCUGCAGCUAAACCAGUUCAGAGGCUCUGCAGCUAAACCAGUUCAGAGGCUCUGCAGCUAAACCAGUUCAGAGGCUCUGCAGCUAAUCCAGUUCAGAGGCUCUGCAGCUAAACCAGUUCAGAGGCUCUGCAGCUAAACCAGUUCAGAGGCUCUGCAGCAGCCCCCCGACCCAAUCUCUGGACGGCCCCCGACCCGAUCUCUGUGUGCCGGACGGUGCGCAUCAUACGGAUGGGUGCCACACCAAGGGCUUCUCAUGAAGGCUGCAGUUGGGCUAUCUGGCCUCCUAGGGGCCGUCGUACUUCACACUUUAGUUUAGCCGCCGCUGCUCACUGGAGCUGGAUAGUGGACACUUGACUCUCUUUUUGUGGUUAGUUGCUGUUUGAGCGCCACUCUUCCUCCUGGUGGCUUCAGGCGAGGGGUUGCCCCUGUAGACCACGUGCUACACUUUUCUAGGCAGCUUUCAUGUUCAGGACAACACCAGGUGGGUGGCGGCAGGUGUGGGAGGGGAGACAUCUCGUCUAAGGGCUGUUUGAUUACCUGUGGGGAUUCAGGAAACCCUUAGAGUGGGGGGGGGGGGGGGGGGGGGUAUAGAGCUGGUAGCAUCGUGCAUCUCUCUCUCUCAUUACUGUUGAAGACGUGACUCCCCCAACACAGAACCAGGAGAGCUUGCACCUCAUGAAAUAUGAAAUGAGAUUUUUGUUUUCCUUCCUUACAUGUUGACGAUUUUUUUUCUCCCCCUUUUAAAAGCGAAAUGCAGAAAAUGUUUAUUUUUCAUUUUUUUGUUAAAUUUACUUUUUUUUUUAACGUUUUAUUUAUGUUUUUUGCUUUAUUGUUUUCACAGUGUUUUAUAUUUUUAUUUUGUGCAGCCGUGCACAAAUUUUUUUUAGACUUUAAAAGUUUUAUUUUCCACUAAUGUUCUUUUUAUUUUAAAGAAUUUGUUUUGUUUUCGUUGUUUUAUAGCGGAUCUUAUUGUUUAGCUGUGCGCAGAUGGGAGCCGGGGGCUUGGUGCAGAACCUUGACAGCGGGGAUCGCCACCCAAACACUUCAGUUUCUUCCUGUUUAAUUACACCCCCAGUCUGACAGAUGCAUUCUGUGUUAUUUUUUUUUUUUCUUUCUUUUUCCCUCAACUGUGGUGCAAGUUCCAUGUAAACUUGUGUAUCAAACUUAGCAUUUCUAUUUUACUUCAAUAAUUGGGGAAUAAAAGGUUUUCUACCAAGCUAGAAAAUACAAACUCUCAGACUCUUA